AGUGCUAGUGGCGGGAAGCCUCCGGCAGGGCCCGUCGUGCUGCGGGGCCCCGGCGGCCUUGCAGGCGUCUCCUGGCGGGCUGUACCGGCUGCCUCCCGCUGCCGAGCCCCUGCGUCCGCCGGGUCGGUCGGCGCGGAGCCGUUGUUGAGCGGUGGGCCCGCUGUGGCGCAGCGGCCGCUUCCUGCGGGGCGGUGGGGCCGCGGCGGGGGAGCAUGGCCCCGGCCGGUGCCGGCGGCUUGGUGGGAUCUUAAAAACUCCGUGCUAAGAAAAUCAUUUCAAGCUAAUCAGACUAUGGCCUUUGAAAGCAUAACACAAAAGGACUGGUAUGAAAUCCUGGGAGCGAAGCCAUCAGAUAGUCCGGCAGAACUAAAACGGAAGUACCAAAAACUUGUUUUAUUAUAUCAUCCAGACAAGCAGAAGGCAGAUGUGCCAGCAGGAGAAGUGGAGGAGCGCGUGCAGAGGUUCAUCGAAAUCGAUCAAGCGUGGAAAAUUCUAGGGAACGAAGAGACAAAAAAAGAGUAUGACCUGCAGCAGCGUGAAAAUAAUCUGACAAAAGAAUGGCCACUACAUGCACGGAUUUCCCUUGAGGAUAUGUCCUGGAAUGAAGAUGAACAAUGUUACACUCUCUCAUGUCGAUGUGGUGGGAAUUACACUGUCUUCAGGAGUGAAACCAAAGAUGUAUCUUUGGUUUGUUGUGACAUGUGUUCACUUGUAAUCGAGAUCCUUCAAUGAUUGUUUCAAUCAAGCACAUGAAGAGUUGCAAACUUAUGAAAAGACUGGACAAACAGGGGACAGCAUCUGCUAAAGGAAUGUAUGUUAAAGAAAAGAGGACAAGAACAAGUUCAAUCAAUCAGGCUUAAGAAAGGAAACAUGCGCAUUAGCUAACAUAGCUCUGCAGACAUCAGGCUUGUUUUUCCUUCUUCAGCUAAAGCGCUAGUUACUAAAAACCUCCAGAACAGAACAUGGAGUUCUGUACAACUGGAAUAUAUCUCAUGAUCCAUAGGACAUUUCUUUCCCUGCAAACAAUGGAGUAGCUUCUUUCAGUCUCAGUCUGUAUCAGCUCUACCUCGGGUCCCACCUCUUAGGUUAAAUCCUUUUAACAGCUCAGAUGACAAAAUUUAAUCAGGAGCCAUAGAUGUGAGAAUGCUUUGAAGAUAAUGAAGAGUAAGGUGCAUUAAUGGGAACACUUUAUAUUUCCAUACUAAAUAUUUAACUUCAUCAAGUUCUCAGAAGGACUUGAGCCUCGGAAAGAGGUGGCAGAGACUUGCAGGUCAGGCAGGCUGAUUCUCUCGGUAAUAGGUAGCAGGUCCAGUGCCUGUGUACAUCUGACUGUGCAUCUGCAUUAGCUUUUCAGCUUGGAGCAGAAGCAUGUUUUGAACUGACUCUCUCCAUCUUGAAAAAAUGCAGUCUUCAUUCCUUACAUAAAGACUAAGGAGGAAGCCAAGCUCUGACCCCUGCCAGGCACACAGGCCCCUGGACCACACUAGAGCCAGUGUAAGUAAACCCUACAAAAUUCCUGUGAGCAGAUCUAGAACCCCACCAUUACUGUUUUCAGUCCUAAUCCUAGCACAGCCUACCUGCAGCUCUGGGUGCAUUGUGCCUUUUUCAUCCCUUGUUAACAGUCAGUGCUAACCUUGGCUUGCAGUAAAACCCAAAUCUUUCUAACAAAUUCAAGCACUUAUUGUAAACAGCCAGAGGAGACAGUAAGAAAGAGGCAGCUUUUGUUGAUGACAGCAGUGUAUCAUUCCCACUUUCAAGUUAGACUUAAUCUCAGAAAGAGACCUCUUUAUCAAGUCAUACUUGUGUUUAUUCUAAACAAAAAUAGUUCCAUUAAUUUUAGUAGAAAAUACUAUGAAAUCUGGCAGUAGUCACUUAAAUCUUUUAAUCAUCCAGAAAUCUAUGGCCAUUGGGACUUGCACGUAGAAAUCCAAAGUCAUUCAGAGGCCAUAUCUGUAAAAUAAAAUACAAGAGAUUUUAAUCACAACCCAAAAGUUCAGGUUUUUUACUUGUUAUUGUUGUAAUCAUUUCAUAAACUAUAAUUUUCUUAGCUUUUUGGGUGACAGAGCAUGUGAACUUCUCUCAUCUGCAUGUUUCCUUUACUAGGAACAAUAAAUGCUGUAUAUCAGGAGGAAUCAUCAUUCCAUGGUAGCCAUAGACAACACUAAUUUAUAUACAGCAUGCUUUACUAUGAAGAGCCUCACAAAUUACAAUAUUCUUUUCAGCCUUGGAAAUAAAUACAUUCCUAGAAUAUCUUUCAAAUUCAAAGUUUUCUAGCUUGUAAACCUCUUUACUUACAAGACAGAGUAUGUAUUUUGAUCCAUCUAGGAGAAGAAUACCAUGAAGGUUACCUCCCAGUGAAAGUUGUUCUGUGAGAUAUAAAUUUGAACUGUCUGGAUGGGCAUUUGGACUGCAAACACCAGACCCCGGAAUAAAAUUCCAUAGGUUUAUAGACAAGCUUACACCAUACAAAAAAGUGUGAAGAGGUGGAGCCUGCCACCAUCAGGGGCUGUCCAACCAAGGGGCUCCUCCGAGAAGAGGACCACCAUGUAAAAAAGGAGCACAAAUCAUGACCAAGUACAAGUGUCAGAGAAUGAUGCUCACCAGCAAAAACCUUCUCUCCAGAAAUUACCCGUAUAGCUGUUCAUACUCCUGAACGCUCCCAGGAGUACUGUGCUCUGAACAUUCACUAAUUACAUGUAGGCUGGUUUUGGAUUUAAAAAAAAAGAAAGUAAUAGGGAAUCAAGGACAUUCUUUUAUGCUUUGUCCUUUGUCUCCCUUGACUGCCUGUGUCUCUUCACAACACUUGUUUCAAAGAUGGCAUGAGGGGAUCAGCAGGGAGAAAGAGAUGAUACUGAAGAAUGAAUGCCCUCAGUGGCUCUAAUCCCAUAAAAAUCUCACAGCCACUGCUCAACAUGAAGAGACCUAGACAGAGAAAGAUGACGCACUUCCUUGUACCCAAAGCAUUUGUCAGUAUGAUGUUUAUCUUGCUCAUUUUUCCUCAGAAUCUGUCUUAAGGAAGGGAUGCAGUCACCUUCCAGGAACAGCAGCUUACUCUUUAACUGAGUUCAUGGAACAGCCACAGCACAGAAGGAGCCUCACAUUUGUUUUAACUAUUGUUUUAACAAUUUAGUUUCAAAUUCAUACUAAGAUUCGUAAUCUUAGUGGUAGAGUUAGAACAGAAAUGAUGUUUUAUCUAGUCUGCGUGCAGGAAACAAUGUGAGAAACAAUACUAGUGGUUGGAAAUGAGAUGGAACAAGCUGCCUCUGUGAAACAAAGACAUGCCACUGUGUGUAGCAAUUCCCAAGUCUUUUAAAGUUAUGACAGAAGUCGACUGUGACUUGUUCAUUCAAACUGGCUAGUCCAAUUAGCAGCUAUUUCCCCUUGCCUUUGUCAGUUUGGCCUACACAGAUUUGAUCUGAUGGAUGGGGGAUAAAUGGCGCUAACUAGCUGUUUUGAAGAUAGAUACACGACAGGUCCAUUUUAGACAUGGAGCCUAAGCUCAGGGAAUGCACCAUAUCUCCUACCUAGGGCAGGAUGAAGCUCAAGUUCUGUCAAUGGGGGACUCUCUCAGCUUCCACUGCAUUUGCAGCUACUUUGGUUUCAGCAGCCUUUUCAUGGAAUGAGCUUGUCUCUCAGAGUAGCAGGGAGAAAAAGGGGUAAAUAUAACUAAGCAUCAUUAGCUGUGUAUGGGCUAAAAACUGGCACACCAACGUUGACUGAGAAUCUUAGAUCUGAACUUCACUGGUAAGCCACAGAGAGCAUUAUGUUUUGCCAAGAAUAGGUUGCCUGAACAAACUUGGUACAAGCUUACUCUCUUCUGUCAAAAUCCGUUACUCCCAAAUUAAAUUUGGGUUUUUGCAUCUAUUACUGAAAACGUAACUUAGCAUCGAAAGCCACUGUUACAUCUUCUUCUCCAAAACGCACUUCAAGAUAAAGUCACAUAAGCUUCCAUUCUCGUGGCAGUAAAAGAUUUUAGGUGAAGGAGAAGCCAAACGCCUAGCAGACUACAUUAAAAACCGAUGUAAAAGUUUCUUGGCCAGUGGUCUCAUUAGCUGCCACCAUGCAGACUGGCUGUAUUCUGCUGCCUUUCACUGUAAUGUUCAGCAGCAACACUUAAUAGCAAGAUCACUGUAUUCUAAUGUGAAUUACCAUCAACAAUCCAAAUUAUAAACACUCAUUUGAAGAAAAAACUCAUUUUUGCUUUUGUUAGGCACCAUAUACUUAAAUCUCAUUAAAAUGUUAAUAAUCACUACUCUACGCACCAUCAUAAAACAACUGCUAUAAAAUUUGGUUAAUUAUUUUGAUUAAGUAUCAAGUGAUUGUAUAUUAUCUUUUUAAACAGACAAUAUUCUGGAGUCCUAAAGUACUUCUUCAGUAUGGAAUAUCUGCGUGUAAGUUCCACUCAUUUUACAGAGCCUGCUGUGUGCUAAAAUUCAACAUUCAGUCUUGUCAGUCACUUCAUUCAAGUCUCAAAAUUACAGCUGCCCACAGACAUAGGUUCUUAAUAAAUAAUUUGCUAACAGUCCCCUUAAAGUAGUAACCAGAUGUUUUUUCUAUACUAGUGUAUCAGUUGGAAACUUUUUUUCAGUUGGAUUAUUAAUGCCACAUUCUCAUUAAGAAGGCCGUCAGCAUAUUAGCAUCAUUUGUAUUUUAGCAGUUAGCAAUCCAAGCUAAAACUUCGGUCACACAAAUAGUCAUAUUUAGAAUCAGUGUUUUUCCUCUGGUGUACAUGGUAAGGCAAACAAUACAGAGUAGGAACAGAGAGCACUCAAUAAACACUAGGGAAGAACUCAAGGCAAAUGCUAUCCAGAAAGACCAGAGAUCAGACAGAAUUUGGUGGUGGGGCUGAGCAGGACAUGUUAUUUGAGGUUUAGUAAGCAAUUAGGUUAUUUUGAAAAGUCUUAAGUUUUGUUCAUUAAAACUGUAAAUUAAGUCCAUAAAUCUUUAUUAAAUUGCAUGUAAUACAGCUGAGCUGAACUACGGUUUUGUGGCUGUGUUGCAAUAUAUGGAGAACAGUUUUCAAACCCUUUUUCUUACUGUUCUAAAUGGCACCAUUUUAAAGCUAGCUUUCUAAAAGCUGGUGCAUAAGUCUGUAAUACAAACUUCCUUGUUCCUUAAACUCUUUAUGGAGAGGAAAUUGUGUUAGUUUCUUCUUUUUGGUAAAUGAGAAAAUUAAUAAGGCAGAUAAUACGAAAAAAUAAUUUAGUGUGAAGUAAAGCUGUAGAACUGUUGAAACAGGAGGAGGAACUGUGGAGGUUUAUACAAUCCAAUAUUAAUUCAAAGCUUUUUCUUUUUAAAUACAAAUGUGGUGGACUAUUAUGGUGGCAGAGAUUUGACUUUACUGUUAAGGGUCUUUCAGAGACUUAGUUUAAGAAGCAGUAAGGCCAGUCUACAUGUCUAAAGUCUGUAUGAAGGAUAACCUUACCCUCCAUUUUGUAUUUUGAACGACACUUCCCAAAUUACAACAGUGAAAUAUGGAGCUGCCCUUUCCUACCAUUUUGCAAAGGCAAGAAUUUAACUAAGGAUGGCAUGUAUAUCUGUGCAGUAGGGUAUAUGGGCAGGGAGGAGAGUAUGGGUGUGUUUUUAUCAGGUUUGGAUUUGCUUGCAAAACAACUCAUUCUGUUUUCAGAGGCAGUGACGGCUUAAAGAGUGCUGCUCAAAAAAACCCCACUGCCAUUGAAUUACCUUUAUUUACAGCAAGUGGCCACUGUGCUCAAGCUUUCCUUCACAUUUGCUUUGGCCAGACAGUUACAGUGGCAAGAUUUACAUACCUAACAGGCACUAAGAAUGCAACUAUUUUUAGAAUCUAUAAAUAUAUAUACCUUAAAACAAAUGCGUCCUCUUAUCAGUCCAUAAGGAACAGGUCCAUAGCAUCUGGAAUCAGUAGAAUUCCUGAGAUUAUCACCUUCUAACCAAACAUGUCCUUUAGGCACCUAUGAUUAAGCAAGAUUGCAAUGUAAAAAGACAAUAGAAUAGAAUGGUGUUGAGCACAGUUUACCUUACAAUGUAUUUUCUGAUUUCUGUGUUCUGUAUUUCAUGACUGUAUAAUGAACUAAUUUUUUAUUGAAUCUAGUAAGACACAGUGCCAGAUCUGGACAGUGGAGCGCUCCAAAGUAUCUGUUCUAUCACGUGCUCAAAAACCAAUGGUUUGCAACAAAAAAUCCAAAAUGAAGAUGUAAGAGGUUAGAGCAAUGUGACAGGGUCAUUAAUUUAAUAGACUUCAAAAGAGGUCAUUAGGAUGUUGACUGAAAAUCUGCCCUCCUGUCGCAGUAACAGCAUGAACAGGGCAGCCACACACUCAUCAACAUCCUGGGGCCAGCACCAAGGCUAGACCUGUUAGUAGAGUCAUGAUGAACUAACUGGUAAUUGAUUGUGACAUCAAUUACGAAUAAUCUCAUCAUUUUAUCGGAGUAGGCUUGUCAAAGUUCUAAUUAAGAAUCACAGUUCAUUCUAUGUGCAGGCAGAAUCCACAACACAUGAUAUUGCAAUAAUGAUGAUCACAAAACAGCAAAUCCCUUCUUAUAAUUUGAAAAUUAAUGAUGGUGACCUUAUACUAUAUGACAAAGACCUUUCAUUACCUAUAUAUAUGUUAUGCAUUAACUAUAUAGCAUACCAUAGAUUGAUGGCAGUCAUUGACUGACUCAAUGACAAACUGAGAAAUAUGAGAGUAUAAAGCUUUCAUAUAUGAAAAAGUUGUUACUGCAAGUCUUAAACUAAGAUUUCCUCUUGGAAUAUACGCUAUUUCAAUAUGUUUUCUUAAAAAUAGAUCAGAUAUUAAUAACCUCUUAAAAGUGACCAAAUAAAAUACUAAUUAUUUUUCUAAUCUGUUUUUGUUUCUAAAAUUCUAAACCAGGCUGAAAAUUUACAACUAGCAACAUAUUCCCAAGCUAGGUAAUAUUUAACAUGGACUUUAGGUUAACAUACAUUUUUCCAAAACCAUGUACUUGAAACAUUACUAUGCCCAUAAUUCAGAGAAAAAAAUAUGGCAACAAAAUUAAAAAAGCAAAUGAAACUCAGUGUUUGAGCAGUAUAAACAUUAAUGGUUUAGAAACAAGCCACAGGGACUCAUAAAUACAACAGUCUACAUAGACAGAAUUCAAGGAUAACAGACUAAACAAAAUAAAAUACCACUCCAGUAGUGAAGUCUGGCUGUAAACCAUUAGGAAUAAAACUAGGCCCCUAGAAAACCAUUUGAGGAGAAUGCAGUUGCAGUGUAAUUGUUUGUACUUACAGGUAUCUGGCCAGGUAACGCCUAUGGGAACCUUGUCUUUAAAUGAGCCUUUUAGUCUCUUGCUUAGUGAUGCUCCCGCCUGCCUGUUAGCAGGCUAGGAUCUGAGGACACCAUAUCACCCAGAGUCCCUUUGCUGAGCUGUAGCAAGUGUACAAGCUACAGAUUAAGACCCAAUAGUUUGUCUCUGACAGCGCCAGAGAGAGACACUCAUGGUGGAAAGUGCAUGUGAGCCUGUCCAUCUUCUCUCAGCCACCUCCUGGGUUUCUCUGGUGUCCACGAGAGGAGUUCCAGUAUGUCAGAGGGCACACAUCCCUGCCUUAACAUUUUAGAAUCUCUAUGUAUAGACCAGCAGUAUGUCUAAAACCCUUUUGAAACCUACUGAUACUGUCUCUUUCCACAGGCUCCUGUAUAAAGGAGGGACGCCUUGUUUGUUUUCAGCUGAUCUGUUUUUUCGAUCAAGGUUCUCUACUUCUUGUUCUCCCAGUCCUUCAGUACAGGAAUUCCACAUUCAGCCACCUUUCUUGUUUUGUAGGCUUAUCAGAUUGCUGGUGUGUGCAUGGAAGAGCUUCCUCUGGGAAGGCCAGCUGAUUUCAGGGAGAUGACUUUGGGCCUCCUCCUACCCAAGCAGUUUUGCAAACAAAACAACCAGCCAGAAGUCAAUUUAAAUAAUCUUCAAAAUAGUUCUAUUCAGAGUCAAGUGAUCUGUUUAGAAUAUUUAUCUCAUCACAUGUGAACAUAGGGUUUUGACAGGUCUCUGAGAAUGUACUGCCAUUCCUAUUUUCUUCAAUCUGUGGUAUACAGUUGAUUUCAAAUGUCCAGCAGCAACUGUUAGGUUUGUUGAAUAUUCAUCUUAUUUGCAGGGUACCCAGUGCAAUGGGUGUGUAUUACAACACAAAGCAGCAUUCUGACCUUUCUGGUGCAGACUCUCCUGUCCAGCAUCUACCAGAAUUGCAAACUAUACAUCAAACUACUGUUAUUUUGAAAGACUAUCUCAGCAAAUACACCAAAAGGAGAAGCAUGAAUUACUGUGAAAGGAAGAUUUUUUUUUUUUUUCAGUGAAAUAAAAAAGCAAACACACAUUAACAUUUCAUGUUUCUGAAAAAGCCUCACUUCUUGCCAUGUGCUGCUGUUUCACACACAGGACACAACCAGCUCCCCUUCUACUUUACUGGUUCCCACGCUUUCUCACCCUCCCCAGUUUAUGGGCAGAAGGUGAAGCUCAUCUCUUUUUAUGUGAAAUAAGGACCCACUCAUAAGUAUAUCCAAACACUUCUAAACCUCCCCAUCUUUCUUCCAUGCUCCAAAAGUGUAAAAGAAUAAAACCAAUUGCUUUUGCCUGCUGUGGCUAUCA